AUGUCAGUGGGGGCACCAAAUCAAACCCACAGCAAUCUAGAUCCCAAUCUAAAGAACAACAACGCAAUAGAAACUAAUCAGACAGCUAUCUACAAUAAAAGAGGAGAUGAUACUAUUAGAAACGGGUCUGAUAAGAUAACCAAUAACGGAAAUGGAAGAAAUGGAAAUACCACUACUAAGACAGUUCUGAACCCUUAUGCCAAGCCAGAAAUAAUCAUUCUCGACGACGAGGACGACGAGCCAAUCCCCCUGUCCAGCACAUCCAACAACAAUGAUAUCCCACUUCCUCCACCCAUCUAUCCUCCAAUCCAACACCAGCAACCACAACCACCAACACAAGUCGAGAAGAAACCAUUAACAACAACGAUACACCCAACGAUGAUUGCAAUUAGAAACAGAUGGCGGCGCGAUAUUACUCAAACCAUCCGUCGAGCAUUCCGAGGGUUGAAAUAUCAAGGAGAUACAAAUCUAUCAGAACUUGUUGAGAUUGGAUGUGGGUUAUAUGUGGGUAUAAAAGAUUAUUUCCUCCAUCCUGAGAAAUACACAUAUUUCAAUGAAGAUAUUGAAAUAUUUGGAGAAGAUAAAUUAGAUGAAUUAUGGUGCAAUGUGCAAUACUUAUCAUUAGUUGACGAACUCUUGACGGAAGAACUCCUUCGAUUUGGCUCUCUCGCUCUUCAAAUGAAAGUAAGAACUGUGGGGAAGGGGAGGGUUAAGAUGAAGGAUAUUAUUCAAUAUCUGGAAGAAGAAGCUGCUACUAUUGCAUUUGAGAAACUUUUCCAACUGAGGAUUGAGAGUUAUUUGGCACAUUUUGAGAACUUAAUGAAGGAAUUGAGUUAUGGAAUUUGUGAGCUGGAUAAUGUUGAUUGGCAGGUUAAUUCUCCUAUUGAUAAAUUUCUUAAUGAUGUUGAUUCUAGAAUUUUGUUGACAUAUAAUUUUUUAACUAAAAAGGGAGAAAGUCGGAUAAGUUUUUGUCGACUUUUAAUUAAAGAAUAUUGGAAAUGGGAUAGAGAUCCUGAUACAUAUGUGUAUAUUACUCCUGCAGUGUUUGGGGCGUUCUUAAAAGCUGAUCCUAAUAUUUCGAAAGUUCCUAGAGGGACUUUAACCAGUGGAAUCCAUAAACUUCAAUUGAAACCGGAACUUAAGGAAGAUCCUAUUAAUAGCGUGAAGAACUCCAGAAAACGUCAGAGGGGUAAAAAGAAGGACAAGAACAGCGGCAACUCGACGGUAAACACCGAUGGAUAUCGUGUUGGGAAGCGGAGUAAAAGGUCUAGGGGGAAGAAGAAGAAGCUGAAGGAAGGGAGAGAAAACCAAAGGAUCGAUCUGACUUGUCAAUAG